AUGCGGUUUUACUCUGGCUCGGGAGCUACUGUUCCUCUUUCCGCGAUUUCGCACAAGGAAGACACAUUGCGGUCGUGGACGAAGCUUGGUUCAAUUGUUCAAAAGGGCUGUGUGGACUUGGACGGAGAAACCCUCGAUAUCGCAAGCGUGGCUGCAGUUGCUCGGAAUGGCUGUGGUGCCCAAGUAUCCAAUGAGCCCCGGGUAGCUGAAAAGGUUCUCGCGGGUGUCCAGACCCUGAGCGAGUACCUUGCCAAGGGGUACUCGAUAUACGGAGUCAACACGGGCUUCGGGGGUAGCGCAGAUACCCGCACAACAGACACCAUGCGACUUCAACAGUCCCUUCUUCAGCUCACUCAAGCAGGCAUCCUGACAAGCAACGACUGUAAACCCUCAGUGGGAGAUUAUAACCUGGGUUCUCACGCGAUGCCAGUGUCAUGGGUACGAGCCACCAUGCUCGUGCGAUGUAAUCAUCUCCUCAGAGGCCACUCCGGUGUGCGACUGGAGAUUAUCGAAGCAAUGUUGAAGAUGCUCCGAGAGGGUUUCACACCUAUCAUACCCCUGCGAGGCUCAAUCUCUGCUUCGGGCGAUCUGAUGCCUCUUUCCUAUCUGGUUGCGGUGCUGGAAGGGAAUCCAGAUAUCAAUGUUCACUGGCAUUGCAAGCCAGAGGCUAAAGUGGUGUCAACAAGCACUGCUCUGGAGAUGACUGGGAUUAAACCCUUCGUGCUCGGACCGAAGGAAGGACUGGGUCUGGUAAAUGGAGCAGCUGCCUCUGCAGCUGUUGCUUCUUUGGCGACGCAUGAAGCGAGUCAACUUGUUCUUCUAGCCCAGUCACUCACUGUGAUGACAUGCGAGGCCAUGAUGGGGAAUGCGGAGAACUAUCACGAGUUUCCUGCACGGAUCCGGCCCCAUCCAGGCCAGAUUGAAGUCGCGGCCAAUAUCCGCCAUGGGCUUGAGGGUUCGAAACUCGCUGAAACUUCCGAUAGAAAGGAUCGCUUCCGGCCGGGCCUCAUCCAAGAUCGAUAUGCGUUGCGGGGGGCAUCGCAGUGGCUCGGGCCCGUGGUCGAGGAUCUUGGAUUGGCUGUGCAACAAGUCACGAUCGAGCUCAAUUCGACGCAAGAUAACCCGGUCAUCGAUUCAGAGACUCAGGAGGUAUACUCUUGCUCCAAUUUCCAGGCGGCGUCUGUCUCAGUGGCCAUGGGAAAAGUACGCGAGGGCUUGCAAAUGGUUGGGAAGCUUUUGUUCAGCUACUCGUCCGAGCUUAUAAACCCCGAUAUGAGCAAGGGUUUGCCGCCCAACCUGGCGGCGGAUAAUCCAAGUCUGUCAUUCACGAUGAAGGGUGUCGAUAUCUCCAUGGCUUCAUACAUGUCGGAACUUGGAUUCUUGGCCAAUUCGGUCACAUCACAUGUCCAGUCUGCUGAGAUGCAUAACCAGCCGAUCAAUUCCCUUGCGCUGAUCUCUGCGCGCUAUACUCUGCAGGCCGUUGAACUUGUUUCAAUGAUGAGUGCAGCUCUGCUGUACGUCGUUUGCCAAGCUCUUGAUCUACGGUUGCUGAACGAGUCGUUCCUGAAUGAACUGGACAGUUUGGUGCAGACGACGCUACCAGAGCUGUUGGUCUCAACCAACAAGGAGACCAUGGCAUUGCUCCAAACUGGUAUCAUCAAGGCAAUCCGAGCAUCAUGGAAAGAAUCCGCACGUGCAGACUCAGCAAUUCGAAUUCAAGAGUUAUCUAAUGCCAUGGCCCCUGUCUUCCUGACACAAGCCAAAAAGCUGAACGUCGAAGACCCAAUCGCCAUGAUCGAAUGGGCGCAGAAGCGCAUCUCGCAGGAUGCACAGUCGCUAUUUGAGAAGACACGCAGCCGGACAAUGUCGGGUGAACUCAACGCUGAAGCAUCGCUCGGGCCGGCUUCGAAAUCUCUCUACUGCUUUGUGCGACGUGAUCUGAACGUGCCGUUCCACUGUGGUCUUUUGGAGCAUCCUACCAUUGAUAGCAAGACGCCAGAUGUGCCGCAACGCCCGCGGAAGACCAUCGGCUCGUGGAUUUCCAUCAUCUACGAGGCUAUUCGUGAUGGGAGAAUUCAGGCUCCUCUGAGUUAA